CGGCAUCAACAACGCUGUAGCACAUAAAGGAAUAUCAAAAUGGGUAACACCGACUCUAAACUGAACUUCAGGAAAGCAGUGAUACAGCUGACAACCAAAACACAGCCAGUGGAGGCCACAGACGAUGCCUUCUGGGACCAGUUCUGGGCCGACACUGCCACCACUGUGCAGGAUGUUUUUGCCCUGGUGCCAGCCGCGGAGAUCCGAGCUGUUCGGGAGGAGUCCCCCUCCAAUCUGGCAACUCUCUGCUAUAAGGCCGUAGAGAAGCUGGUGCAGGCAGCAGAGUCAGGAUGCCCCUCGGAGAAGGAGAAACAGAUCGUUCUGAACUGUAGUCGUAUGUUGACCCGCAUCCUGCCCUACAUCUUUGAGGACCAAGACUGGAGGGGCUUCUUCUGGUCCACUGUGCCUGGUGCUGGAAGAGCUGGGACAGAUGAGAUGGAUGAUGAUGAAGGAGCUCGUCCGCUGGCUGAGUCUCUGCUCCUGGCCAUGGCCGACCUGCUCUUCUGUCCUGACUUCACUGUGAACAGCCACCGGAGAGGACCUGACUCUGUGGAGGACAUGCAGACCAUAGACAGCUGUGAGUACAUCUGGGAGGCAGGGGUGGGGUUCGCCCAGUCCCCCCCACUCAACUACAUCCACGACCUCAACAGGACAGAGCUGCUGAGGCUGCUGCUAACCUGUUUCUCUGAGGCCAUGUACCUCCCUCCCUCCUCAGACAACCCCAUCCUCAACCCCUGGGUCAGCUUCUUCUGCUCCACAGAAAACAGGCAUGCCCUGCCUCUCUUCACCUCCCUGGUGAACGUGGUGUGUGCCUACGACCCGGUGGGCUAUGGCAUCCCUUACAACCACCUGCUCUUCUCCGACUACCGUGAGCAGCUGGUGGAGCAGGCCGUGCAGAUCCUCAUCGUCACCCUGGAGCACGAGGGAGGAGGGCUGGCCCACCGACCCCCCUCUCCCUCCAGCAUGGAGGACCAGGAUUAUGUGGGCCCUGACAACCUGUUUGUAAACUACCUUUCAAGAAUUCACAGGGAAGAGGACUACGACUUUGUGUUGAAGGGACUGGCUCGCCUGUUGGUAAACCCUUUGAUGCAGACCUACCUGCCCAACUCCACCAAGAAGAUACAGUUCCACCAGGAGCUGCUGGUGCUCUUCUGGAAGCUCUGUGACUUCAAUAAGAAGUUCCUGUUCUUUGUAUUGAAGAGCAGUGAUGUUCUGGACAUCCUGGUACCCAUCCUCUUCUAUCUUAAUGACGCCAGGGCCGACCAGUCCCGUGUGGGUCUCAUGCACAUCGGUGUCUUUAUCCUGCUACUGCUGAGUGGAGAGAGGAACUUUGGCGUGCGUCUCAACAAGCCCUACUCCGUCCACGUACCUAUGGACAUCCCAGUAUUUACAGGGACCCACGCCGACCUACUCAUAGUAGUGUUCUACAAGAUCAUCACCAGCGGUCACCAGCGUUUACAGCCUCUCUUUGACUGCCUGCUCACCAUCGUGGUAAAUGUGUCUCCCUACCUGAAGAGUCUGUCCAUGGUGGCAGCCAACAAGCUGCUCCACCUCCUGGAAGCCUUCUCCACCAACUGGUUCCUCUUCUCCGCCUCCCAGAACCACCAUCUUGUCUUCUUCCUGCUGGAGGCCUUCAACAACAUCAUCCAGUACCAGUUUGAUGGAAACUGUAACCUAGUCUACGCCAUUAUCCGCAAACGCAACUUGUUCCAUCAGCUGGCCAACCUGCCGUCCGACCCUGCCUCCAUCCAGAAGGCCUUUCUGAGGAAGAGAAAGUUACCGGACGCCAUCACCGGCAUCUCCCGUACCAGCUCCCAGGAGACGGUGUCCAUGGAGGGCUCCCGUCCGGCCGUCCCCGCCGAGCCAGGAACACUGAAGACCAGCCUGGUCGCUAUACCAGCCAUUGACAAACUGACUGAGAAGUCUCAGGUGUCAGAGGAUGGCACCAUGAUCACUGUGCCAAAGAUGGAACAUUCACACGCGUCACACCACACACCCCAGGCUGACCACACACCCCAGGCUGACCACAGCGCCAUCGUAGGGGCCAGCGACACAGAGUCCAUCUCUGGAAGGGACAAUGAGGAUGUUUUCUACACUGAGGCAGAGAUGGAGAGAAGGCGCAUGUCAAGCACAUCAUCCACCAUCUCCUGUACCUCUCAAUCUCACUGGUCCCCUACACCAGACUGGGUCCUCUCCUGGAAGUGUAAGCUCCCCCUACAGACCAUAAUGCGCCUGCUGCAGGUGCUGGUCCCGCAGGUUGAGAAGAUCUGUAUCGACAAAGGUUUGACGGAUGAGUCUGAGAUCCUGAAGUUCCUCCAGCAUGGCACCCUGGUGGGCCUCCUGCCCGUCCCCCAUCCCAUCCUCAUCAGGAAGUACCAGGCCAACGCCGGCACGGCCAUGUGGUUCCGCACCUACAUGUGGGGAGUGGUCUACCUGCGCAACGUGGACCCGCCCAUCUGGUACGACACGGACGUACGUCUCUUUGAGAUCCAGAAGAUGUAGAUAACAGGAAGGAGAUGUUGAGUGAAGAUGGGACUACUUCCUGACUUGUUCCUGCCCCAUCCUCCUACUGGCACCCUCUCCCUCGAACCUCACCUGCCUUCAACUUGCCUCAUCAUCAUCAUUAUGCUUGUCCCUCACACCUUCUCUUUGACUUUCCCCGGGCUGUGCAAAUGUGAUGUGGACGAUAUUGAGAGAGGGAGGAUAGCUAGCACCUACUCCAAAAGCAGGAGGUUGAGUUGUACAUGAUUCAAAUUACAGGGGGGCUAGGAGGGGCUGGGCACCCCCAUUACAAAUCAGGAC